AUGCACUCUCAUUCCUCCCUUCCUCGCCUCUCCCCUUUUCCACAACGCCCCCUACCCACCACUCACUGCAGGCCCAGGAAGGAGGUGUGGCCGCUGACAGCGCGGCUGCUGCAGGAGAUGAGCGAGGCACGGACGGUGGUGGUGGGGGUGCACGUGAGGAUGAGUGACAGUGUGUUUGGCGCCUCCAAGGGCGGCGUCACUGAUGCUUCCAUGGCUGCUGCUUUGGAGAACGCUGCUCCCAUCCUCGCCUGUGCCAAGGCAGUGGAGGACAUGUGGUACCCCGCGCCUCUCACAGUGCGCUGGAUGUUCAUCACAGAUUCUCACCGUCAUCUCAACACCACCACUCUCGCCCCCUUUUUCUCCCCCCCUCCCCUCCUGUCUCCCUGCCAGGCAGUGGAGGACAUGUGGUACCCCCCGCCUCUCACCGUGCGCUGGAUGUUCAUCACCAACUCCAUCGACCUCAAGAUGGCCAUCCGCUCCCGCUUCCCUGGCAAGUUACUCGAGACAGAUUUCGUGCCUCACCACUCUCAGUCAUUCAGCGACGAGGACAAGGAGCAGGCUAAGGAGGAAGCAGAGCAGGGCUAUCGAGAGAUGGUGGCUGAGUGGCUCCUGCUGUCGUCUAGCAACUCCUUUCUACUGGAGACAGAUUUCGUGCCUCACCACUCCCAGUCGUUCAGCGACGAGGACAAGGAGCAGGCCAAGGAGGCAGCAGAGCAGGGCCAUCGAGAGAUGGUGGCCGAGUGGCUCUUGCUGUCGUCUAGCAACGCCUUUGUUCUGCCCGUCUCGGGAUUUUCGCGCACCGCUGCCAUGUAUUCUCUGAAUGCCAGGGCUCUUUUCACACCGCCUUAUUACUGCGACCCAGAACAGCCACACCUGCAAACGGACUUUGGCAUGGCAUACAGUGGCAUAUGA